GCAGCUGCGGCCUCGGCGGCUCCGGGCCGAGUUAGACCCGGGACGAGGAGGGGCUGAGCCGCGGGGGAUCCUGGAAUCGGCGGGGAGGUGGGGAUUCUGGGAGGAAAACUCCAUUUCCUCCUUCCCCGCCGGCCUCUCCCCUCCACCCCGGCACCCCAAAUUUCCAUGUGUCGCCUCCCGGCCGCAGAGCGCCGGUGUUAAACGAGGCGGCGGCCGCGGCUGGGAAAAUGCUGGGCAUGUACGUGCCGGACAGGUUCUCCCUGAAGUCCUCCCGGGUUCAGGACGGGAUGGGGCUCUACACGGCCCGCAGAGUGAGAAAGGGUGAAAAGUUUGGACCAUUUGCUGGAGAGAAGAGAAUGCCCGAAGACUUGGAUGAAAAUAUGGAUUACAGGUUGAUGUGGGAGGUUCGUGGGAGUAAAGGAGAAGUUCUGUACAUUUUGGAUGCUACCAACCCACGGCACUCCAACUGGCUUCGCUUUGUUCAUGAGGCGCCAUCGCAGGAGCAGAAGAACUUGGCUGCCAUUCAGGAAGGAGAAAACAUUUUCUAUUUGGCAAUUGAAGAUAUAGAAACAGAUACAGAGCUUCUGAUUGGCUACCUGGAUAGUGACAUGGAGGCCGAUGAGGAAGAACAGCAAAUUAUGACCAUGAUCAAAGAAGAGGAAGGUAACAAUGCUAAAGGACGCUCAACAGCUGGCAGAAAAGAUCGCUUUGGCUGUAAAGAGGACUAUGCCUGUCCCCAGUGUGAAUCGAGUUUUACCAGUGAGGAAAUUCUUGCUGAGCAUCUUCAGACAUUGCACCAGAAACCCACAGAGGAGAAAGAAUUUAAGUGCAAGAGCUGUGGGAAGAAAUUCCCAGUUAAACAGGCUUUGCAAAGACAUGUUCUUCAGUGCUCAGCGAAAAGCAGUCUGAAGGAUUCUUCACGAAGUUUUCAGUGCUCUGUUUGCAAUUCUUCCUUCAGUUCAGCAUCGAGUUUUGAGCAGCACCAGGAGACUUGCCGGGGAGAUGCCAGGUUUGUGUGUAAGGCUGACAGCUGUGGAAAGAGACUGAAGAGCAGAGACGCCCUGAGAAGACACCAGGAAAACAUCCACGCCGGGGAUCCUAAGAAAAAACUCAUAUGUUCAGUGUGCAAUAAAAAGUGUUCUUCAGCAUCAAGCCUGCAGGAACAUAGGAAGAUUCAUGAGAUAUUUGAUUGUCAAGAAUGUAUGAAGAAAUUCAUUUCAGCUAAUCAGCUGAAACGUCAUAUGAUCACCCACUCAGAAAAACGACCCUAUAAUUGUGAGAUUUGUAAUAAAUCUUUCAAGAGGCUCGAUCAAGUGGGUGCUCACAAAGUAAUACACAGUGAAGAUAAACCUUACAAAUGCAAGCUUUGUGGAAAGGGAUUUGCCCACAGAAAUGUUUACAAGAAUCACAAGAAGACCCACUCUGAAGAGAGGCCUUUCCAAUGUGAGGAAUGUAAAGCUUUGUUCCGGACCCCAUUUUCUUUGCAGAGACACCUGCUCAUACAUAACAGUGAGAGGACUUUCAAGUGUCAUCACUGUGAUGCUACCUUUAAAAGGAAGGACACCUUAAAUGUUCAUGUCCAGGUGGUUCAUGAAAGACACAAGAAGUACAGAUGUGAGCUGUGUAAUAAGGCAUUUGUUACACCUUCAGUGCUUAGAAGUCAUAAGAAAACACAUACAGGAGAAAAGGAGAAAAUCUGCCCCUAUUGUGGCCAGAAAUUUGCCAGCAGUGGUACACUGAGAGUUCAUAUCCGUAGCCACACAGGUGAGCGUCCCUAUCAAUGCCCUUACUGUGAAAAAGGAUUCAGUAAAAAUGACGGGCUGAAGAUGCACAUUCGUACUCACACCAGGGAGAAGCCAUACAAGUGCUCAGAGUGCAGCAAGGCCUUCAGCCAGAAGCGAGGCCUGGAUGAGCACAAGAGGACGCACACCGGAGAAAAGCCUUUUCAGUGUGACGUUUGUGACUUGGCUUUUAGCCUGAAGAAAAUGCUGAUCCGACACAAGAUGACUCAUAAUCCCAAUCGUCCACUGGCAGAAUGCCAGUUUUGCCAUAAGAAGUUUACAAGGAAUGACUACCUCAAAGUGCACAUGGACAAUAUCCAUGGAGAGGCUGACAGCUAAUGGUAGCUGUAAAGGAAUUAAGCCAUUCAGAAGGGCUCCUAAUACGAAACCCAGAUUUCUCUCAGCUGAUUAGCGUAGCAGAAGUAGCCAAAAGUAAUUCACUGGUCUCAGAGUUCUUAUUUGCCUACCUUUAGAGUCUGUAGAUACAUAUGCAAAAUAAAAAAAAAAAAUCCUACUUUUGUCAAGAAAUGGUACAAAUGGAAAAAAACUUUGUAGCCUUCCAAAAUACUACUUGUGUUAUGUCUUAUAAAAAUGGAAAAAGGAGCCAUGGCUCUUCUUCUUGGCCAUCUCUCUAUAGUGAAGUUUAUUAACAUACUCCGUUAUUAGGCUUUUUUAUUUUAUUGUUAUCCUUGUGUGUGUCUGUGUGUCUGUGUGUGUGUGCACUUGUGAUGCUGGUUAUUGCAACUGGUUAUUACUAGUUUAGCCAGAAAGAGAUUAAGGUUUCCAAGAUAUUUCACUGCAGAUAAGGAUAAGGGGCAAGAGUUUUCAAAGUCUCAAGCAUGAUAACAGGAUAAAACUUGCUAAAACAGGCCAAAAGUUGAUCUUAUUUAAUAAAUAGCUCCUUAUAACAGAUCAGUUUAAAAUAAAGAGGUAUUUAAGAACUAAAACAUCAAUUGAAAUGUUGCUCAUUUUAGACAAUUCUCAGGAAACAUUAUUUCCUCUCAUCAUUCAUACGCUGACAUUCAUGGUCUAGAUAAGAUCAACACAAAAAUGACCAUAACACUUAAAUAUUUAUCAGGCUGAUCCUCCUGAGUUUGUACUAGCGAGCUUUAGAAAUUAACAAUAUAUAAAUAUAUAUAACUAAAAAUGGAAACAAAAUAGGUUCUCAUUAUCUGCUGACUGACAGGGUAACAGGACGGUAGGUGUAUUAACAGUAUUAGUCAUGAUACACCUGGCCCUUUACCCUCUCAUUUCAUAAAUGUGCACAGAACAUGUUAGUACAGACAUAGCAGAGUCCUCAGAGCAUUUACAUUCUGUUUCACAAAAGACAUUUUUCAGAAUCUUGGCAGUAGAUGAUUCUGAAACACUUUUGAAUUACUCUCAAUCCUAUAUAAUUAGGAAUCCAGAAUAAAAAACAUAAACCUGGCAAUUGUUAUGAUUGAAAUUAUCACUGAUGCUUAAGGGGAAUUGAAGCAAGAAGCAUAAUUUCUUCCUUUAGGUUAUAUUUCAAUUCAAUGCUUGAGAGCAACAUACAAUGAACAGCUUGGUUUUGGGAGAAGAUAUGAUAAAAUGUAAUAGUGUUGUCAAAGCAGUGUAGAAGAAUCCAAAAACCAGAAAAUAAUUAAAAUGAAGCCCAAUUCCUGAACUUUCCUAUUUGGAGACCAUUCAAAAGAGAGAGGAAGUGUAAUUUUAAGGAAGUUUCUUAGUUCUAAUGAUUUCUGGAGAAAGGUUAUCUGAAGACCGUUCUUUGAAGUCAGGAAUCUUGUUUUAGAAUUAUAUUUAUGCUC